AUGACUGUCACAGCAUAUAAGCUGUCGUUUCGUGCUUUUAUUUUGCAGCCUGGUGAACGGAUAUCCAUUUCAAUAACAUGGACACCUCUGGAAGGUGGCAAAGUUCGAGAACUCAUAACCUUCAUUGUAAAUGAUGUUGUUAAACAUCAAGCAGUUUUGCUGGGCGUUGCAGAGCAGCCCCUAAAGAAAAAGAAGUGUCUUUGGGAUACUAUUAAAAAGAGAACUCCUGCACUCCAAUCACGAUGUAAGAAAAGACUGCCCAUCAUUAAAAAUGUUAAUGCAACUUUUCAGAUGUCUGAAAAAACAGAUAGAGGCAGAAGCCCUCUUCAGUCCUGUGAGAACUUGGAAAUGAAGAGAGAGAGCAUUUCAUCUAAUGGGGAUUCCCCAAUCCUCUUGGAAAAUAAGAUUUCUCUCUCUCCCAUUAGUCCCAUCCUUCAAGAAAACCAGCAGGUCACUUACACUCCUCUAUCAAUGAGGAGAUCAACUACAUAUUCUGUUUCUGGUACAGCAGCGUGUGAUGAGUUACUGAAGGAUAUAAAAGAAACCUGCACUGUUAUGCCGCUGUGUGAUUAUCUUGUGGAAAUGAACUUGGAAACUGCAUGUAAUACUUUUAACUCUGUGGAAUCACAAACUUCCAAUACAAAUUCAGUUUGCAUUCCAGAACAACUGAAAAGAUCUCAAAUUCCUUUGAAUCUUAGGAGGAUUUUAAGUCCUGAUUCUUUUGUAAACAAUAACUAUGAACUUACUGAAGAACCUCCUACAGUACCAAUUCUUUCACCUGAUCAGUUUUUAAAAGAGAAUCAAAUCGCUAUUCAGCCAACUUCACAAGUUCCUAAAUGUGUGCCCAUUUCUUCAAAUGCGGUAUCUUGCAACUCAAGAACAUUUUUUCCAAAAGAGAAAGAAAAGAUGCAAGUUGUAACUUUUUCUGUGGAACCCCAGUCUUCAAAGAAAGCCCAUAAUAAUAUACAUGACAGGAAAAUUUCAACGCCUUGCUAUGAGAAGUUUGAACUGAAUGUUAAUGGCUACAGGAAAACUGACAAAGAUCAAACUGGCUGCUUACAGAAAGAACAGCCUAAAAAAAGGCCUGUUCUUUCCAGCACCGUUACCAAAAGUAAGCCAGAUCCUCCUAAGGGAAAAGUAAUAGAGACGCUGAAACCAAAAUCUAGAAAGUGCCUUUCUAAUGUAAUACAGCAAUGUGUGGAUAUUGUAACUCAAAGUGCAACUGAAGAAAUGUUGCCAAGACUUCCCGUUAUAGAACCCCUUUCAGGUGAAGCUAAAUGUUGCAAAGUUAAAACAGCUUCUGCUUGUUUGGGAUCAGUGUCAUACAGUCGUAAAAGAAAAAGCGGAGAAUAUUUAGAAGAUACUAUUACUGGAAGUGAAGAAUAUGCAAAGAAGUUUGAAACAAAAAAAGUCUUGAUGUCUUUUGUAGAAAAUGAAAAUCAAAGUGCUUUCAAAACAUCAGUUCCCAAAUCUGUGAACAGAGGGAAGCAAAGUCAGAAAAAGAGACCUGCUACCUUAUCUCAAAAAUCAAAGACUGUUAGAAGAACUAAAAACAUAGUUCCUGUUGCACAAUCUCAUCUGACAUUUGUGAAACCUUUAAAAACAGAUAUUCCUAGACAUCCAAUGCCUUUCGUGGCCAAGAACAUGUUUUAUGAUGAGCGCUGGAAAGAGAAACAGCAACGAGGUUUUACUUGGUGGUUGAAUUUUGUACUUACUCCUGAUGACUUUACAGUGAAAAUGGACACUUCACAAGUCAAUGCAGCAUCUCUUAUCUUGGGGACAGAGUCUUUCCAUAAAUCCAGUGUUCCUAAAGCACCGACCAAAGAGGAAGCAUCCUUAAGAGCAUAUACGGCUCGGUGCAAGUUAAAUAAGCUUCGUCGCUCAGCUUGCCGUUUGUUUACCUCUGAUGAGAUGGUUAAAGCAAUAAAAAGGCUGGAGGUCGAGAUUGAAGCAAAACGCUUGCUAGUUCGAAAGGACAGGCAUCUGUGGAAGGAUAUUGGAGAGCGACAGAAAAUACUCAACUGGCUUUUAUCCUACAACCCACUGUGGCUGCGCAUAGGUCUGGAAACCGUUUAUGGUGAACUUAUUGCCUUGGAAAGUAACAGUGAUGUGAUGGGCUUGGCAAUGUUUGUACUCAAUCGCUUGCUGUGGAACCCAGAUAUAGCAGCUGAAUAUAGACACCCAACUGUGCCUCACCUUUAUCGAGAUGGUCAUGAAGAAGCAUUAUCCAAAUUUACGCUGAAAAAACUUCUCCUACUGGUUUGCUUUCUUGAUCGUGCCAAAUUGUCUAGAAUUAUUGAUCAUGAUCCUUGCCUCUUUUGCACAAAUGCAGAAUUCAAGUCUAGUAAACAGAUAUUAUUGGCAUUUUCCCGAGACUUUCUUAGUGGAGAAGGUGACCUGUCUCGCCACCUUGGCUUCUUAGGCUUUCCAGUUAAUCACAUACAGAUGCCUCUUGAUGAAUUUGACUUUGCCAUAACAAAUCUAGCCGUAGAUUUGCAAUGUGGCAUUCGCCUUGUGAGAGCAUUGGAACUUCUGUCAUCAAACUGGAGUCUUUCCAAAAAAUUAAGAGUUCCUGCAAUAAGUAGACUUCAGAAGAUGCAUAAUGUCAACAUUGUUCUUCAGGUACUGAAAGACCAUGGGAUUCAGUUGAAAGAUGAGUGUGGUGCAGCAAUUGACGCAAAGGAUAUUGUGGAUCGGCAUAGAGAGAAAACGUUUGCAUUGCUGUGGAAAAUAGUGUUUGCUUUUCAGGUGAAUGUUGCCCUAGAUGUGGAUCAGUUAAAAGAAGAAAUUGAGUUCUUAAACAACUUGCAUGCUGUAAAAGCAAAGACAGCUGCUUUGGAAUCGUACGUUGCUAGCAAACUGAGAAAAGACAGAAGUAGCUUUUAUUCACCUGAAAGCUACAGUGAAAAUGUAAAGCUGCUGAUGGAUUGGGUGAAUGCUGUCUGUAGAUCUUACAGUGUCAAGGUGGAAAAUUUCACAGUAUCCUUCUCAGAUGGAAGAGUAUUAUGUUAUUUGAUUCAUCAUUAUCAUCCAUGUUAUGUUCCUUUGGAAGCUAUAUGUCAACACACUACUCAAACAGUAGAAUGCACCAAAAGUGGUACGCUCGCACUGAAUUCAUCCUCUGAGUCUGAUGCUUCUCUAAAUCUGCUGAACGGAACUUUUGACCAAACUAUAACUACUUCAGUGCUUUAUAAAGAACUCCUUGACAAUGAGAAGAGAAACUUCCAGCUGAUUAAUGCUGCAGUUUCUGAUCUUGGUGGUGUUCCAGCAAUGAUUCACCAUUCAGACAUGUCUAAUACAAUACCUGAUGAGAAGGUAGUUAUCAUCUAUGUGUCGUUUCUGUGUUCACGACUUCUAGAUCUUUCUAAAGAGAUUCGAGCAGCUCGUCUGAUUCAAUCUGCUUGGAGGAAUUACAGAUUGAAAGCAAAGCUUGCUCAGACGAAGAAGCAAAGAUUUAAUGCAACAGUUGUAAUUCAGAAGCACUGGCGAAGAUAUUUGGCUCAGAUGGAACUUCAGAAAUUAAAAAAGGCAAACCAAGAAGAAGAUGGAGCAUCUCCUAUAGUCAUCCAGGCUGCAGUUGUGCUUCAGGCUUGGUACAGAAUGAAGAGAGAGAGGCAGCAUUUUCUAAGAAUGUGUGGAGCUGCUGCUGCCAUUCAGACAUACUACCGUGCAUACAGAGAACAAACCUCUCAGAGGAAGAGGUUCUUGCAAGUUAAAAAGGCGGCUGUGCAUUUACAAGCAACCUUCAGGGGUUAUAAACUACGCAAAAUGGUUAAACAUCAACAGAUAGCUGCUGUUAAGAUCCAGACUGCUUUUAGGGCUUAUACGGCUAGAAUGAAAUAUCAAAAGUUGAUCCAAGCUUCUCUUGUGAUUCAGAAAUGGUACAGAGCUUCCAAAGCCAGUUUCAAAAUCAGAACAAGUUUUUUGAAGACCAAAGCAGCUGUGACUUCCUUGCAGGCGGCUUUGCGUGGCUGGCAAGCCAGGAAAUGGAUUCGGAAACAGCAUGCUGCUGCAAUUACUAUACAGUCUGCCUUUAGGAGGUACAAAGCUCUUAAAGGAUUCAGGAUGGUGAGAAAUGCUGCUCUAACACUUCAGCAGCAUUAUAGAGCCAGAGUUUUAAGUAGAAAACAACGGCAGGAGUAUGUUGUGAUUUGCAGUAGAAUCAUUCAACUCCAGGCAGCUUGGAGAGGGAGUCUUGUAAGGAAGCAAAUCCAAAGACAACACGAGGCUGCUGUGGUCAUACAGUCCUAUUACAGGAUGCAUAUCAAUCAAACAAAGUUUAAAUGUUUCAGAGGAGCUGUUGUAACAGUUCAAAGAUGGUGUCGUGCUACUAUCCUAGCCAGGAGCAAAAGGCAGGAAUACCUUGCUUUAAAGAAAGCAGCUCUUAAAAUGCAGGCAAUUUACAGAGGUGUGAGAGCACAGCGAAAAAUUCAACGAAUGCACCGAGCAGCUGUUAGUAUCCAAGCUAUGUUUAAAAUGCAUCAGGAUAAUGUUAGAUAUUGGAGAAUGAAACAUUCAGCCACUAUAAUUCAGAGAAGAUACAGAGCUUUUAGCAAGGGGAAAAAGGAACAGGAAAAAUACCUUGAGCUAAGAAGUGCUUCUCUCAUCCUUCAGGCUGCUUAUAGAGGCAUGAAAGUUAGACAAGAGCUAAAAACUUUACGCCAGUCUGUAAUUUCCAUUCAAUCAUUUUAUCGAAUGUACAGGCAACGGAAAUCUUUCCAAAAAUUAAUUGCAGCAGCAAAGCUCAUUCAGCAGUGGUACCGUAGCUGCAAAAUUCGAAACGCUCAGGUGCACAAAUACGGGCAGAUAAAGAUUUCUGCCCUCCGAAUCCAGUCUGCAUUCCGAGGCAUGAAGGCAAGACUCCAUUUGAAAAGGAUGCAUGUGGCUGCCACCAUCAUUCAAAGGAGAUUUAGAACUUUUCUUCAGAGGCAACGUUUCAUUUCUCUUAAAACUGCUGCUGUAACCAUUCAGCAGAUGUACCGAGCAACAGUGCUCUCAAGACAGCAGCAUGAUAGGUAUUGGAGAAUGAAACUGUCAGCUACUAUAAUUCAGAGAAGAUACAGAGCUUUUAGCAAGGGGAAAAAAGAACGGGAAAAAUACCUUGAGCUAAGAAAUGCUUCUCUCAUCCUUCAGGCCGCUUAUAGAGGCAUCAAAGUUAGACAAGAGCUAAAAACUUUACGCCAGUCUGUAAUUUCCAUUCAAUCAUUUUAUCGAAUGUACAGGCAACGGAAAUCUUUCCAAAAGUUAAUUGCAGCGGCAAAGCUCAUUCAGCAGUGGUACCGUGGCUGCAAAAUUCGAAACGCUCUGGUGCACAAAUACAGGCAGAUGAAGAUUUCUGCCCUCCGAAUCCAGUCUGCAUUCCGAGGCAUGAAGGCAAGACUCCAUUUGAAAAGCCUACAUGCGGCUGCCACCAUCAUUCAAAGGAGAUUUAGAACUUUUCUUCAGAGGCAACGUUUCAUUUCUCUUAAAACUGCUGCUGUAACCAUUCAGCAGAUGUACCGAGCAACAGUGCUCUCAAGACAGCAGCAUGAUAGGUAUUGGAGAAUGAAACAUUCAGCUACUAUAAUUCAAAGAAGAUACAGAGCUUUUAGCAAGGGGAAAAAAGAACGGGAAAAAUACCUUGAGCUAAGAAAUGCUUCUCUCAUCCUUCAGGCCGCUUAUAGAGGCAUCAAAGUUAGACAAGAGCUAAAAACUUUACGCCAGUCUGUAAUUUCCAUUCAAUCAUUUUAUCGAAUGUACAGGCAACGGAAAUCUUUCCAAAAGUUAAUUGCAGCGGCAAAGCUCAUUCAGCAGUGGUACCGUGGCUGCAAAAUUCGAAAUGCUCUGGUGCACAAAUACAGGCAGAUGAAGAUUUCUGCCCUCCGAAUCCAGUCUGCAUUCCGAGGCAUGAAGGCAAGACUCCAUUUGAAAAGCCUACAUGCGGCUGCCACCAUCAUUCAAAGGAGAUUUAGAACUUUUCUUCAGAGGCAACGUUUCAUUUCUCUUAAAACUGCUGCUGUAACCAUUCAGCAGAUGUACCGAGCAACAGUGCUCUCAAGACAGCAGCGUGAAGAGUAUCUCUGUCUCCGUAAAGCUGCUGUCAUGGUGCAGUCUAGCUUCAGAGGUCAGCUAGUCAGAAAAUUUGUGAAACGAAUGCAUCUGGCUUCUACAAUUAUCCAAGCUGCCUUUAGAAUGCAUAUAGCUUAUACUCAUUACCGAGCUGUGAAGUUUGCUUCUGUUACGAUACAGCAGCAUUAUAGAGCAUACAGAGAGGCUAAACGUGUGAGAGAACUGUACUUAAAACAGCGCCAUUCUGCUUUAGUUCUUCAGGCUGCCUACAGAGGUAUGAAAAUACGACAUACCUUGAGAAAGCAACAUAAUGCUGCAACUAUCAUACAAAGUAGCUAUCGAAAGCACAGGCAACAGUGUUCCGUCCAAAAAAUACAACGGGCAGCCACAGUUAUCCAGAGAAGACUCAGAGCCAAUAAGUUGAGCAGAAUUGCAGUCCAGCAGUAUUCAUCUGUUAAGAGAGCCACAAUUUGCAUUCAGAAGGCUUUUCGCAGGAUGAGGGCAAGGCGAUGUUUAAAAAGGCACCAAGCUGCUAUUGUGCUGCAGCGGAACUUUAAAAUGCAGAGAGAACGCAGAAGUUACCUUGCUUUCAAAGCAGCUACUAUAGUUCUUCAGAGACGGUACAGAGCAUUGAUUCGGGGAAGAACACAGCGUCAGGAAUACAUUUCUGUUCGUGGAGCAGUUGUUUGUGUCCAGUCUUCCUAUAGAGGUUUUAAAAUAAGGAAAGACAUUGAGUGCAUGCAUUUAGCAGCAAGGGUAAUUCAAGCAUCAUUUAGAAUGCAUAAGGCUAGGCUCUCUUACCAGAGGCUGAGGGACGCUGCUGUUACCAUACAGAAUUACUACCGAUCUCACCUAAAAAGGAAACAUCAGCGAAAUGCGUAUCUCACAUUUCGGAAAUCUGCUGUACUGGUUCAGGCCACUUAUAGAGGUAUGAAAACACGUCAAAAACUGAAAGCCAUGCAUGUCUCAGCCACUGUCAUCCAGUCUCUUUAUCGCAUGCAUGUACAGCGCAAACAGUACAAAUUGAUAUGCUGGGCUGUGCUAAUUAUUCAAUCUGCUUAUCGUGGAGCAAUAGCACGCAAAAAGGGAAUGGAAGCUUAUGGAGCAAGUAAAAUUCAGUCCUUUUUUAUGGCAGAGGAUCACACAAAAUGUAUUCAGUUCAGAACUGCAGCUCUGGUGUUACAGAGUCAAUGCCAUGUAAAUGAAGCCAGAGAACAGUACCAGAAAUACUGGGAAGCUGCACUUUUAAUACAACAGCGCUAUCGCUCUUACGUGACUGUAAAACAUCAGAGACUAGCUUAUUUACAAAGUCUGAAGAGUAUCAUCAUUAUGCAAGCUACAGUCAGAGGCUUCAUUGAACGUCGAAGGUUUUGCAAAAUGAAAAGAAGUGUAAUAAAAAUCCAGGCUCUUUUUAGGGGCUAUAAAGUAAGGCAGUUGACAGCACAGAGGCCAAGCGUUUUUCCACAAGCGUGGUUCAUCAGAUGCAGAACAAUGGAAGAAUUCAGAGCCAUUGAGAAAUCUACCUGCGUAAUUCAGAGUUACCAAAGAGCUAAGCAACAGAGGAUAUGGUUUUUGAAGAUGAAAGCUUCUGUGAUUCUAAUUCAAAGGAAAUGGAGAGCAACUAUGGCAGCAAAAGUAACUCUGCAAAAAUUCCUGGCAAUCAAAACAGCUGUGGUAGUAAUUCAAUCUGCUUAUAGAAGAUACGAUGCUAGAAAACAGUUUAAAAGGGUUUUGGAAGAGAGACGGCAGAAUCUUCUGCUUCAUUUUACAGCUGCUGCAUAUCAUCAUCUUGCUGCUACUAGAAUUCAGAGGGCUUACAGAAUUCAUCUUCACUUGAAACAUGAACACUUGCAGCUGUCUUCAGUUCUGUACAUUCAGCGAUGGUAUCGAGCAAAACUGCAGAGGAGGAGAUACCUACAAUAUCGUGAGAAAAUUAUUAUAUUGCAGAGAAGGGUGAGGAGAUGGAUUAGUUGCAGAAACGUAGCUGCAGGUGGAGUUCAGGAAAAACUGAGCCAAAAAAUCCUUAGCAAUGGAAUAACUAAAUUUCAGGCAUUGUGGAGAGGAUAUUCAUGGAGGAAGAAAACUGAUACUCCAAAAACUAGAGCUCUGCGAGAUAGCUUGUUGAUUGCCAAUAAAGAAAGCAAUGAAGAGAAGAAGCUGUGUAACAGAACUGCGCUUGCCAUUGAUCGCCUUCUCAAAUACAAACACUUUUCUUACAUUUUGGCAGCCUUAAAAGAUCUGGAGGUUGUAACUAGACUAUCUCCUGUUUGUUGUGAAAGUAUGGCCCAGACUGAAGCAGUAUACGUUAUUUUUACUUUGAUACGGAGUUGCAACCGUAGUGUCCCUAGCAAGGAUGUUAUCAGAUACUCAGUUCAAAUUCUGCUUAAUUUGUCAAAGUAUGAAAGGACUGCUCAAGCUGUUUAUACAGUGAAGAAUUCUGUAGAGACUUUAUUGGAUCUACUUCAGAUGUACAGAGAGAGAGCUGGUGACAAAAUUUCAGAGAAAGGCGGAAGCAUUUUUACCAAGACAUGCUGCCUAUUCGCUCUUCUUUUGAAGGAUUCAAGAAGAGCUUAUGAGAUCCAAAGCAGACCUCGAGUAGUUUCUUGUCUUCAGAGCCUAUUUAAACUAACAGCCCGUAAACAUAAAAUGGAUGCCCAAAGAAUACUUGCAAAACAGAAAUUAGGUGCAUACAAAAAUGGGUAUUGCUCUGACCCAGUAACUCCAGGAAAAGCAGGAUUAAUUUCAAGACAGAGACCAGAUUGGGUUUUAAGGAAAGAUAAUAUACCCGAGAUUGUUGAUCCACUGCAGGCCAUUGAAAUGGUAAUGGAUACACUUGGAAUUUCUUUUUUGUAAAUGCCAUUUUAUACAAUAAA